CCAGUUUGUACCAAGACACUGAGCUGGUGUGAGUUCUCUUCCUCUCCUACCAAUCAUUUGUCUGAUUCCUGCAACCUUCACAACUCCGAGGCCUCAAGAUGUCAUUUUUCCAGAAAUUAUUUAAGGGAUUAGUUGAUGACGACAAGCCAAAAGACAACUCGGGAAAAGAUUCUUCUAAAGGAAGCGUCACGCCUUACUACGGCACCGUCCGGCCCGAUCCCAACUUCAAUGCCAGCAGAGAUGCUGCUGCUUUACAAAAAGCCAUUGACACUAAAGGUGUGGAUGAAAACACCAUUACAGAGAUACUAGCUCGACGCACUAACGCACAGAGGCAGGAAAUCAAAACGGCUUUCCAACAAGAAACUGGGAAAGAUCUAGUGAAGACUUUGGAUUCUGUUUUAAAAUCCCACUACAAGAAUGCGGCCCUGGCCCUGCUCAUGACUCCGGCGCAGUACGAUGCUCAUGAAAUCAGACAUGCCUUGAAGGGUUUGGGAACCAAGGAAAAUGUGCUGAAUGAAAUUCUGGGGACGAGAUCAAACCAGGAAAUUAGUUUGUUAAAAACUGCCUUUAAAGAUGCAUAUGGAGAGGAAGUGGAACACGAUAUUCAGUGUGACACACAUGGAAAUUUCCAGACAUCUCUGCUCGCCUUGUGCAAGGCGACCAGAAAUGAGGAUCGUGACAUUGAUGAUGGACUCGCAAAAAGUGCAGCCAAGUCUCUGUUUGAAGCUGGAGAAAAAAGGCUUGGGACAGUUUCUUCGGUUUUCAUCGACAUCCUGACCUCCAGAGGUGAUGCCCAGUUGUGCAAAAUUUUCAAGCAGUAUGAAAAGUUAAGCCCAAAGGGGUUUGCCCAGGUUCUGAAGAAUGAACUAAGUGGAGACACUGAGGACUGCCUAAUGACCUUGGUGAAAGCAGCCUGGAACAAACCUGCCUACUUUGCAGAAAGUCUGCAUCUGGCCAUGAAGGGCCUGGGUGCCAACUAUGGCACGCUGACUCGGAUCAUAGUGAGUCGCUCUGAAGUGGACCUGCAGAAAAUUUUGCAGGAGUACAAAAGGAUGUACGGGAAACCGCUUCAGCAGGAUAUUCUUGCUGAAACCAAGGGGGAUCAUGAGAGAAUUCUUCUGGUGCUCUGUGGAGAACAAACAGCAUGAACAUGAAUUUUCAGAUCUUUAAGUGUGAAAUGUUGCAUAUAUAAAAACAAAUCUGUUAUAAAAAUAAUUAAUAAAGCUACUUCCCUGAAACUU